GUGAUUCCAGACGGAGAAGGAUGAGCUGCAGUCACCGGAGGAUUACAGAUGGAGGGAAGUGCCUCCUGCCUUCUUCCCUCUGGGGCUGCUGAUCCAGAGGAGGGUGCCGGUCCACCCAAGAGCUUGCCUGCUUCCCCGUGCAAAGAUGUUCACAAGGGCAUCGAAGGGAUCUUCUUUUCCACCUCACCAGUUUUGGACUUGAGUCAAAGUGGUCUGUGCCAUUUGGGAGAAGUCUUCAGAAUCCCCAACCUUCAGCAAUUGCAUCUGCAAAGGAAUGCCCUCUGCACGAUUCCGAAAGAUUUCUUUCAGUUACUGCCAAACCUUACUUGGCUAGACCUCCGGUACAAUAGAAUUAAGGUGCUUCCUUCUGGGAUUGGAUCUCACAAGCAUUUGAAAACUUUGCUUUUAGAAAGAAAUCCUAUCAAAAUGUUACCUGUGGAGCUGGGGAAAGUGACCACUCUAAAAGCAUUGAACUUAAGACAUUGCCCUCUGGAAUUCCCUCCUCAGCUUGUUUUGCAGAAGGGAUUGGUAGCUAUCCAGACCUUCCUGCGGAUCUGUGCAGUAGAGCACUCCCUUUGCAGAGAUUUGACUUCUCAAGAGAGGUCAUCAGCUACAAAGAUGAAUCUGAGUGACCUAAGUGACAGUCCCGUGUUGGAGUUACCUGGAGCAUGUGCAUCUAGUGAAGGAGGAAUUAAUUCUCAGCAUCUGAAGGAGGCUGUGUUAAAAGAAAAAGCAGGCUUUUCCCCACCGGUUGAAAAGCUAGACCUGCGUGAACUCAGAAAGUCCACUGACUCUUCAGAGUGCUGGCCCAGCGAGGAGGAGAUCAAGCGCUUCUGGAAGCUGAGGCAGGAAAUCGUGGAGAAUGAAAAAGCCAGAGUUCUUGAAAAUCAGCUCUUACCGAUUGAAUUACCUCCAAAUCUCAAGGCAGCAUUAAGUACUGAGAAAGAACUGCCAAAGCCAAGACACAUUUUCAGAAGGAAGACAUCCUCCUUCAAGAACAUCUUACCUGAUCUCUCAUCACCGCACCAGACAGUGAUUCGAGCACAGAGAUUGGAAGAGAGUCGAGCAGCGGCUCUCAGAGAACUCCGGGAGAAGCAGUUGCUGAUGGAGCAGCGGAAACGAGAUAAAAGAGUGCUGCGGGAAUGGAGAGAGCACACCCAGAGGAUGAAGAAGAAGGAGGAAGAGCUAGGCACACUCCUGCCUCUGCGAAGGCAUAUGGCGACAUCAAAGAUUCCCUUUGCCACAGAUCUGAUAGAUGAUGGGAAAAUACCAAGGAAUCCAUUUGGGACAACAAAACAGAGCAAAGAGAAACCUUCACGAACAAGCAGAGAAAUGAGUGCCCUCCAAGAGGGAAAUUUAGAAGAGAAGAUAAAACAGCACAUACAGCAAAUGCAUGAACGAAGACAAAAGUUCCAUGGGGCGACCCCACUGGAGGAAAUAAAGAAGGCUGACCAGGACUUGGAAACUGCCAGAAAGCUACAGGAUGAAGUAAUGAAACUAAAAAAAAAAUUGGGAUCGACCUUGAACAAAGAGCAUCAAUUUUCAACUCUCGCUGGAAACCUUUGGCUUGGCCCACCAGCAUCACGGUCCCAAAGUAUAUUUUUUGAUACGAAACAUUAAGAAUCAGGAAAUGUUUACAAAUACCAGUGACAAACAGUGACUGUACUGAUGGAGAUAUCUUCAGACAUGAGAAACGGUGUCUUGUUUUUCUCAGGUGUCUUUGCUUGUUGGAGGUGCGGGGGGAUCAGGAUUAAAUGUUAUUAUGGUGUAUUUCACAGACAGCCUGGUUUCUGUCUUGUUUUGUUUUGUUUUAAAAAAUCUGUUCCUUUACUGAGGCUGUAGAACGUUUAAGCUGCAUUAAAAGAAAGAGAAUACUGUGAACAA